AUGGUCAUGAUGAUUGAAAGAAAAAGUAAUUACUUUUCAGAGACGAACAAAAAUGGAGCAUUAGUUGCAAUCAGCACAAGUGUAUCUUCGUUUGUUGUGUUAGCCCUUCUUGGGUCCAGUAUUUACUACUUUUGGAGAAGGAAAAGAAAAGAGGAAGAAGAGAGAGAAAAUAGCCAAGAGGUUCAUUUAAUGAACUUGGCAAAUAAUAGAUUUAAUCAUCACUACGACAUUGAAAAUUUAGAAGGAGAAAAUGGGGUGAAUUCUCAAGAAUUACCUUUGAUCCAAUUGGAUAUCAUACAGGCAGCUACACAACAAUUUUCUGAAGAAAAUAAGCUCGGAGAAGGUGGAUUUGGUCCAGUGUACAAAGGAACAUUAGAAGAUGGAAAGGAAAUUGCGGUAAAGAGGCUCUCGAGAACUUCAGGCCAAGGACUGCAAGAGUUCAAGAAUGAAGUUAUUUUAAUUGCAAAACUACAGCACAGGAAUCUUGUCCGACUCUUGGGUUGCUGUUUGGACAGAAACGAAUUGCUGCUCAUCUAUGAAUACAUGUCCAACAAGAGCUUAGAUUUCUUCCUUUUUGAUUCCACUAAAGGUGCACAACUAAAUUGGAAAAUACGCCUUAGAAUUAUUCAUGGAAUUGCUAAGGGUAUUUUGUACCUACAUGAAGAUUCUCGACUCAGAAUUAUUCACAGGGACCUUAAAGCUAGCAACAUUCUGCUAGAUCAUGAGAUGAAUCCAAAAGUUUCAGACUUUGGAAUGGCAAGGAUUUUUGGAGGAAAUCAAAUUGAAGCCAACACAAAUAGAGUUGUUGGAACAUAUGGGUAUAUGGCACCAGAAUAUGCUAUGCAGGGAUUAUUUUCUGUUAAAUCUGAUGUCUACAGUUUUGGAGUUCUAUUACUAGAGAUAGUGAGUGGAAAAAGGAAUAACAACCUUUAUUAUUCUGAACAUGGUCAAAGCCUUCUUACAUUUGCAUGGAAAUUGUGGUGUGAAAACGAAGGGUUGGAGAUGAUGGACCCAUUACUUGUGCAGUCUUUUGUGGCAGAGGAAGUAUUGAAAUGCAUCCACAUAGGAUUGUUAUGUGUCCAGGAUGAUCCAGCACAUAGGCCAACCAUGUCAUAUGUAGUCCUCAUGCUGGGAAGCGACACCAUAACUCUUCCUCGACCAGCACAACCAGCAUUUUCUUUUGAAACAGUACAAUCCUCACAGGAUAAUAAGACGUGCUCCAAUAAUGUAGAAACUAUUUCAAAUGUAUCACCCAGGUGACUUUAAUUGUUAGUUUUUUUUUUUUUGGUUCUAUGUAAUUGAUGCAUAAGCAAAUAAAGUAGCAUACAGAGCAAUGUCAGACAUUCAUAUUCACUACAUCUCAAGCUGCUCCUGCUCAUGUUCUCCUUAUUUUAUCACCUUUUUUUAUUUUUAUUUUGAAGAAGCGAAUUAAACCAUGUGAAUGGGCGGGGCUUCCCUUUUGGAAUACGGACAGUAAUGCUC